UCCUUUAUUCACCCUCAAAAAAAAAAAAAAAAAGGAGGAGAAUUAUUCAUGAUGAAGAAAUCCUCGUAGAGUGAAAUCAAAUCCCUCUCCAAAACGCCGCCGUUUCAAUGUUCCCGAAUUCCCUUGUCAUCUUGGCGGAGGCACAUUUCUUCGCCAGUAGCAGCGCGCCACUCUGCCUCAGACUCAGACCUCCUUACGACGACGGCGUGGAGACUCCGAUCUUGUCUAAUCCAUCUAUUCACAGGUAAACGUGGUCAUAUUCCGGCCAAAAAAAUGUGUUUUUCUCCUCUCAGGCAAGCACUCGAAUUUUAC